CGUUUAAUGGGCGAGGGCUUUGGACCAACAGACCAACAGAAAAUAGAAAGGCCCGUUGGCAGAGGUAGUUACAGGACGCGAAAAGGAGAAGAAAGGUCAUUAAAACAGCUCUGUCGACCUUUGAAACCCAGGAUCUCGUGUUAACGUUUUUAUAUAAUCAUCGCCCAAAUAUAUCGUCGUUACAAAGCGCAGAUAGUUUUGUCGUCGAUUAAGCAGAAGGUACUGAGAUCUCGUCUGCUGUCUAAAAUAAGAUCAAACUCCUCGUCCAUAUAACGUUAUGAUGGGAAUGUUAGUUUGCUGACUGCUGCUACCCUUGUCAUUGCGUUCAUAGAUUUGCUGUGGGGGAGGAACAGAGAGACCUGGCAAGUAACCUUUCAACUCACAGCGUUGAAGUAAUAACAAUCACGACUGGAGAGUUUCGACAGACAGGAAGAAGAAACUGUCGCGGAGGAGAGGACAGGAGUUCCUAGAGAGGUUGUGUCUCUGGAAUGCCUGGCUCAGGAUGCAGCCAUUGAGCAGUUCACUCCGUUCAGGAGACAAGGGGAGGCCUGAUUGGCCGCUGGCCUUAUCUGGGUGGAGCUGUUGGAGGGAUAUUACCUAUUCAUUGGCUCUUUCUGCAAGGCUCCUCCCACCUCACUGACGCACCGCCCUUGGCCCUUCUUCGCUGCCUGUGUGUCUGGGAAUGCUGUUGUUCGAUCUGAGGGGCAGUGAUGGAGAUGGCCAAACUCAGGGGCUAAAGUCAGGGUCAAGGUUCAAAGGUCAACACAACACAAAAGCUGCUGGGCUGGAUGUGGAAAGGUCUGCAGCCAAGUUUCAAGCACCAAGAAGCACGUAAAUUGGGAAAAUGAUCAUGCACACACUCAUAUGAGUCACAAUCUGCUAAGAGAAGCUGUGUGCACUGUGGAAAACAGUUUGUGCUUGCUCCACAACUGACCCACGGACUAUAGAGCCUUCCAUCUAUGAGACGGGAAGCUUACUUUUCAUUUACAGCCUUAUUGCACUCAUUUAGACAUUCUAUAACUCACUAGAGCUUGAGGUUGUAUUAUUUAACACUGCACAACUUCCCCUGAAACAAUCACCCAGCACAAGCAAAGUCACUAUGCGUCACAUCCAUGUGGAACUGGCUCGUAAAGAGCCACCCGUUGAGCUUCCAGCCCAGGCUGGGGAUUUACCUCUGCCUGACACUCAGAGCGAAAGCUCGGAGCCCGGAGUACGACAAUCAGUUCCCAGGCCCUUCGGAGAAGAAGAGAUGCGGCUGCAGAAGGUUUACCAGCUGUCCAUCCUCUCUCAAAGAGGUGGUUUCGGAGAAAAUCAAGAGACACUGCGGCCAAUUAGAGUAGGCAUGAAACGCGGCCUGGAGGGCGCACCGGUCCCUGUCGCCCACAAGCGUCCUUUCCAAAUGGAUGAAGAUGAUGAUGAUGAGUCCGAAGGGGAGGUGCUGUGUGGGUCUGGGGUGGAACCACUGUUUUCCAGUUCACUUUACGAGCACAGAGACUCAGAAAUCCCUAGGUCCCCUCCUCUUUCCCCAUCACAUCCAAUGAUACCUGGUCGGCGACCUGCCCAGCACAAUCAUGACCGGCCCAUCCCGGACACAUUCGCCCCAAAAUCUCCACCCAUGGUGGACCCCCAAGGGCCUCACUCCAACUGGGGCCACUGUGAGGGGAGUCCUACCCCUCUUACUCCUCAGACUGAGGCCUCCACAGCUGGAAGCAUCCCAGUUGAUUCCAAAGAAGGGCCACGGGAUGAGGGCCAUAGCAGCAGUAAUCUUUUAGUGGAGGUCAAGGGAACGUUAGGAACCGCAGAGAGCAGUUGGGCACCCAUUCCAUUUUCAACACCGGCUGAAGCUGUCGAAUGGGGGGCCAGUUUCGAAUCCUCUCCUCCACCAUCAGAAACAAAGACCUUCUCCUCUUCAAAUGGACUGAGCUCUGUCGAGAAAACUCCAGUAGAGGCAAAUGGCUUGACAUCAGGGUCAUCCACUGCCUGCCCGAUCAAGAGAAGACUUCUCUCGUCCAGUGAUACAGGAGAGUCCUGUUCAGAGGACGAGGGCCCAUCCACAUCAAAACGCUGUCGGUUGGCAUUGUUAGCGCCGGGGCUUGGGUUAGCAUCCUGUCGCAGCACUGACGCCAAAGGUGCACCCUUCUGGAACCAUCUAUUACCAUCAGCGAAGGAGAACACAAAGACGGCUACAGAAUGUUUGCGAGUAGGGAGAAGACUCAAAGCUGGGAGUCGUCUCAAAUCUCGACAGCUGCGCAGUGGACGCAGGACAGACACCAGUCGCUCCUGUAGUUCCAUCUCCUCUUUAUCAUCCAUAAGCAGACCCCUCCUUGGCAACUUUGAGGAGUCGAUCCUAAAGGGUCGAUUCACUCCAUCCGGAUGCAUAGAGGGCUUCACGGCAGAGAUCGGGGCAAGCGGCUCCUAUUGUCCGCAACACGCCACUUUACCUGUGCAAGUCACUUACUAUGACACCUCAGAGCACAGCGCCCCGUCCCCAUUCCUGGGGGUAAUCCUGCUAGAGCCUCUUGGGAAGAAAGGAUACAGUGUACCCAAAGCAGGGACCAUUCAAGUGACCUUAUUUAACCCUAAUAAGACUGUGGUAAAAAUGUUUCUGGUGACGUAUAAUUUUGGGGACAUGCCCGUCAAUCACAUGACCUUCUUGCGCCAUCGUAUCUUCCUGGUGCCUGUGGAGGAGCCAGAGGGGUCAGGGGAGGGGCAGGAGGGCUCCUUGUCUGACAGGAAGAAGAUUCUCUGCUACUUGAUACACCUCAGAUUCCAGAGUUCCAAGUCUGGGAAAAUCUACUUGCACAAUGAUAUCCGGCUGCUAUUCUCCCGCAAGUCCAUCGAGGUGGACGCCGGGAUUCCUUACGAGCUGAAAUCUUUCACCGAGGUGCCAAGAAACCCCAAAUACUCCCCCAGGGUAUGAGACCGCGACGCCCUGGCGCAGCGGGCCUCAAAGACUGCAUUAAUAAAAAUUGCAAGACAAAAGAACCAAUACACUUGAAAGACUGAACUCGCACACACGAACACACAGAAGCGCUCAUACAUAUGCACAUACACACACACACAGAUAUCGCACCCUUUGGUGGGCAGACUGUAGAACUGAGUGUGUAACGUGCAUGCAUGCUAAGUUGAGUUUUCCUCUAGUGCCGUAAUGCAGUUAAGCUUUGCCCUUAACCCUGCCUGCAACCACCUACUGUGGACCUAUUGUAACCUUGUCCACCAACCAGAUCCAUUCGAAAAUGUGGGUGCCCAUCAUGCCAUCAGUGGAAGCGGAAUAUCUGAGAAAACUGGUUAGAUGUACAGUGAGACCAACAGAAAAAAGCAAAGGUGAAUGCAGACUGGAGUUUCAACCAUUCACACAGUAACUCAACCACUGGAGGGGAUAAGAAUGUUCAAGAAAAAAAGAGACCAGCUGAACAGAGGGUUGAAAGUACAUCCAUUCAGUAGCUGCUUUGUGUUCCCCACAGCAUGGGUUGGAAGAACAGUCCUCUGUAUUUUUUAAGUUUUGCAGUGGAAGGGCAGCUUGAAGAACAUCGCUGUUUCAGCUCACUCUGUUAUUGAACAGUCCAACACCAGGACGGUAAACAAACUGUAGAAUUUAUGUUUGCAAAUGUCUUAAAAAAGAAAAGAAAAAGCAAUAUGCUGCACAUCUAGAGUGAUUUUUUUCUUGUGGAGGGUAGUAGCUGCCCUCUCUGCUAGAAGGGAGGGGGAAGAAAAGAACGGCAAGUGAAUGAUGUAGGCUAAGGGGAGGGUUGGGCUUAAAACAGGAGGAAUGGGAGGGAAUUUGGGGUAUUUAAAAACAGAAAAUGUUGUUUAUGUAUAUUUUAAAAACGAAUAAACUCUGCGACUUGCGGGUA